AUGCAUGUACGACUGUGCCGUGGUGACGUCGAUUUGAGGGCUGAACAGCAUGAAGCCCGAAAUGAAGGAGGCAGGGGAGGCAGGGCUAGUAUUCCAACAACCUGGUUGAGUGCCGCAUUGGGUUUUGCUUCCGCAAUGCUCGGUGCUACUGUCAUUCGAUUUGGCCAUCUUCAGGAUCCCGAGGAAGACCUCGAUACAGACGACAUAUUGGUGUACCCAGCUGUGGGGUCUAUCGCCGCCUCUGUUCUCUCUGUUUUCGUGUACUUGACGCUCCAGACAGUUGCAACGGUCAUGAAAACCUAA